AUGCCGCCCGCUGCAGCCCCCGGCUCCGCGGUGUGGUGCCCACAUGAUGCUUUCUACUGGCUCGCACCGCGUGCUCCCCGCACUAUAAGAUCGGCCGGCGGGCCGAGGCCCUCGUACAGCAGGCUGCAGGCAGCGGCAGGCAUUCGCCGGCGGGUCGCCAUCUGCCAGACAGCGAAGUACGUAGUACGUGGGAGCCGAGCAAUGGCCGGGGGCGCGAGGCAGCCGUCGUACUACGCCGUGCUGGGCGUGGCGCGGGGCGCGUCCGCCGCCGAGAUACGCGCCGCCUACCGCAAGCUCGCCCUGAAGUGGCACCCGGACAAGAUCAAGAUGGGAAGGGACCCUCGGGUGGCGGAGGAGGCCAAGGCCAGGUUCCAGCAGAUACAGGAGGCAUACGAAGUGCUGUCGGACGCGUCGAAGAGGGUGCUGUACGACAGAGACGAGGAUGCCAAGGGGAUGAACGACUUCGCCGGAGAAAUGGUGGCGACGAUGAGCAAGAUGAACAAGGAGCCUGAUGACGAUUCCUUUGACGAGAUCUUUAGCAUGAUUGACAAGAUGACGCAGGGCUUCGGCGAGUCGCCGCCUAAGCCACCACGGAGGCCGAAGAAGCCGAGCUCGUCGUCGUCUCACUCCGAACCAGCAGUGCCGUUGUUCGGCGGGAUGGCGGCCCCAAUGGGCGGCCGCCCCCAGGCAGGACGAGGCCGGAACGCCGGCAACCAGGGUGCCGGCUCGUCCUCCCGCCGCCGUGCCGCCGCGCGCUCAGCAGCAUGGAUGGUGAACCUGUUCGGCCGCAAAGGCUCCAUGUAG